AUGAGUACUUCAUUUAUUUUGGAAAAUGUAUUUGGAUUGAUAGGAGCUAUAUUUUGGUCUUUUCAACUAGCACCUCAGGCAUACAAGAAUUGGCAUAAUAAGAAUACAAAAGGUUUAUCACCUUUAAUGAUGUUAUUAUGGACAAUAUCGGGUUUGAUGUUUGGAAUAUAUGCAGUAGUGUUGGAUUUAUCAAUACCAUUAAUACUUCAACCACAAUUAUUUCUGAUGAUAAGUUUUCUUUGUUAUGCUCAAUGUUUGUAUUAUGAUCAAUCAAAAAUAUUUAUCGGAAGAAAAUUGAAAAUCGUUAUGUUUUAUGUUGUUGGAAGUUUGAUUUUAGGUGGAAUUCAAGUUGCUGGUAUAUUUGGAAUUAGAGAAUCCAAUAAACAUAAUGUAAAAUGGCCAGAAGUUUUAGUUGGAAUCUUAUCUGUUGUCUUAUUAACCAGUGGGUUUAUGAUGCAAUUUAUAGAAAUUUAUCGGAUUAAAUUAGUAAGAGGUGUUUCACUUAUUUUCUUAACUAUUGACAUGUUGGGAUCUGUGUUCUCUAUUGUGAGUUUAGUAUUUCGACCACCACCGUUUGAUCUAUUAGCAUCAUUCACAUACGUAUCAGUGCUUGUUUGUGAUGUUGUGAUAAUAAUUCUAUAUUAUUUACUUAAUUGGAUAGAUUCUCGACGUUGUCAUGAAAAUAGUCUUAAAGAAGAACUUGGUGAUAAUACAGUAACCAUGAGUAAUGAUAGGAGAAAUCUUAAUCAAAAAGAAAAGAUAAAUUCUGAAGUUCAAGAAUAA